CUCUUCUUCUUCGUGCAGCCCGACAAGCCCCCCAAAGCCACCGACUUCCUCUUCCUUUGGAAACCGGAAAAAAAAAAAAGGGCUUGAAAUUCUCCUUCUUUCUUGUUCAAUAACAAGAUUUAGGACCUAGAACACUCUCCUAAACCCAGAAAUUUUCCAGAUCUGCACUGUCCUCUUCCCCUCUGUCCGCCGGCCUCUGCUGUGUGGGGUUGGGUUCGGUUUUCUGACCGUAAGUUCCCCUGCAGCUUGCCACCGGCUUCUUCUUCUCCCUGCAGCUCCGGUUUUAGCUGGAAAAUUUUGGUUCCCGAUCGUUCUGUCAAUUAGCACCGUGAAUUGAGCCUUUGGUUUUAAGCAAGUGAGGUAAGUAAAUCAUGGUAAAGCCCUUCGAUUUUAAAGCAUGUUUUAAACUGUUUUUGAGAUGGUGGCAAGGUUUAAAUUGAUUUUAUCAGCAUUUGAAUGUGAUUAAACUGAAAUGGAAAUUAUGAUGGUUUUAUGAGAAUUUCAUUGUUUUCUAGAAUUGAGCAUGAUUGGAAUGAAAUUGUUUUCGUUGCAUCGAGUAGAGCAUGCCUAUUUGGAAAUUGACUGAACUGUUUUGAUGAACUGAGAGUUUUUGUAAAUUCUGAGUUUUCUGUUAAAUCCAUGCUCACAUGGAGAUUUUCCGGUUGUUUCUGAAAUUGGAGAUUGAUUGUCCUGAUGAUCUGAAAGUGAUUGGUGAAUUAUGUUUUUCUGCUAACUUCAGCCUGUUUUGUCUCCAAUGUGGUCAUGUUUCUCUAAUCCUGCUAGUGGGAGUUAAACGCUAGCACAUGUCGGCCCAUGUCGAUAUGUUAUUGUAAUCCUGCUAGUGGGGGUUAAACACUAGCACAUGUCGACAUGUUAUUAAUAGAACCGGUUCGUCCGAAUGACCCUGCUAAUGGGGGUUAAACACCAGCAAAUAGUGUAGCCUGUCAGUGGGAAGUUUAAUACACUGGCCAUGACCUAUAGAGGAGACGUCUAUUUCUUUCCCGUACUGUAUCCGUUUUUAUUAUAUUGUUGGCAUGCUAUAAGUUUAAUUGACUGCUACUGAACUUUAUUCUGCAUAAUGGUUUAUCAUUGAACAUUUCGUUUAUGUUUAAACUGUUUAUCUGAAAUGCUCAAAUUUUACCCACAGGCUAUCCAUACAUUUACUUAUUGAGAUAUUGUAUCUCAUAGUUUUCCCUUGUCCACCAUUUCAGGUAGUAUGACCCGAGACACGGAAACCACGAGAAGUAACGAGUUAGAAGGCUAGCCAUUUCGAGAUUGAUAUAGAUUUUAGAAAUAAAUCAUGUUUUUUGUAAGAUAGAUUGUACUUUGAAUUUUAUGGUAUUAAAACAGAUUUUGCAAGAAUAGAGUUGGGGAUUUGAA